AUGACGUCCGUUAACGUUAAGCUCCUUUACCAUUACGUCAUCACCAACUUUUUCAACCUUUGCUUCUUCCCGUUAGCGGCGAUCGUUGCCGGAAAAGCCUCUCGGCUUACCACAAACGAUCUUCACCACUUCUACUAUUCCUAUCUCCAACACAACCUAAUAACCAUAUCUCUACUCUUUGCCUUCACCGUUUUCGGUUUGGCUCUCUACAUCGUAACCCGGCCCAAACCGGUUUACCUCGUUGACCAUUCCUGCUACCUUCCACCAUCGCAUCUUAGAAGCAGUAUCUCUAAGGUCAUGGAUAUCUUCUAUCAAGUAAGAUUAGCCGAUCCUUUACGGAACGCGGCAAGCGAUGAUUCGUCCUGGCUUGAUUUCUUGAGGAAGAUUCAGGAGCGGUCUGGUCUAGGCGAUGAAACCCACGGCCCCGAGGGACUGCUUCAGGUCCCUCCACGGAAGACUUUUGCCGCGGCGCGUGAAGAAACAGAGCAAGUGAUCAUCGGUGCGCUCGAAAAACUAUUCGAGAACACCAAAGUUAACCCUAAAGAGAUUGGUAUACUUGUGGUGAACUCAAGCAUGUUUAAUCCGACUCCUUCGCUCUCGGCGAUGGUUGUUAAUACUUUCAAGCUCCGAAGCAACAUCAGAAGCUUUAAUCUUGGAGGAAUGGGUUGUAGUGCCGGCGUUAUAGCCAUUGAUCUGGCUAAGGACUUGUUGCAUGUCCAUAAAAACACUUAUGCUCUUGUGGUGAGCACAGAGAACAUCACUUACAACAUUUAUGCUGGUGAUAACAGAUCCAUGAUGGUUUCGAAUUGCUUGUUCCGUGUUGGUGGGGCCGCGAUUUUGCUCUCCAACAAGCCGAGGGACCGGAGACGGUCCAAGUACCAGCUACUUCACACGGUUCGGACGCAUACCGGAGCUGACGACAAGUCUUUCCGAUGUGUGCAACAAGAAGACGACGAGAGCGGUAAAACCGGGGUGUGUUUGUCCAAGGACAUAACCGGUGUUGCCGGGAGAACUGUUCAGAAAAACAUAACAACAUUGGGUCCGUUGGUUCUUCCUUUUAGCGAGAAAUUUCUUUUUUUCGUUACCUUCAUCGCCAAGAAACUCUUUAAAGACAAGAUCAAACAUUACUACGUCCCGGAUUUCAAGCUUGCUAUCGACCAUUUUUGUAUUCAUGCCGGAGGCAGAGCCGUGAUCGAUGUGCUACAGAAGAACUUAGGUCUAUUGCCGAUCGAUGUGGAGGCAUCUAGGUCAACGUUACAUAGAUUUGGGAACACUUCGUCUAGCUCAAUUUGGUAUGAAUUGGCGUACAUAGAGGCAAAAGGAAGGAUGAAGAGAGGGAACAAAGUUUGGCAGAUUGCUUUAGGGUCAGGGUUUAAGUGUAAUAGUGCGGUUUGGGUGGCUCUACGCAAUGUCAAGGCUUCGACAAAUAGUCCUUGGGAACAUUGCAUUGAUAGAUAUCCAGAUGCAAUUGAUUCUGAUUCGGGUAAGUCAGAGACUCGUGUCCAAAACGGUCGGUCCUAA